ACUUCACCAAACGCCGUGCCAGAUCUAUACUACAGAGCAUACCCGGAACAGAUUAAGCCAGCCAUCCAAGAUCAGCUUUUGGAGCUCAUCGGGCUGUCGACUGAGAAUAGUCUCCCGGUGACCCCAAACACGUUUCUAGCCGUGAAAGAGGUGGACGGAACGCCCGCUGUUGCUAAACGGCAAGCUGCAUACGAUGCCGCCCUUGGGGCCAGAGCCAUACAAGCCCUUGAAUCCUUUGGCCGACCCCACCCGACCUUUGAUACACGCCUCAAAGCCAUAUCUUCCACAUAUGUCGAUGGAAAGCUGGCUCUAUUCGACACCCAUGUGCUGUCUCCUAUGUCACCACGCGGCUCGCGGCAUUCGCGAGCGACAGGGACGUUGGAGCAUGCCGCACCGGGCUUGCAUUAUUUCGAAAUGCGAUGUCCUGGGCUAAAGAACUUCGAGAUUCUGCAAUCCGAGCAGCC